CAAAAGCGCGUGAAGAGCGUGAAGCAGUUGAUCCGCGUCGCGACGGCGUGCAAACAAUGCCAGAACUUCAACUCCUUGUUCGCCAUUUUGUCCGGACUUUCGCACCAAAGCGUCGAACGCCAGAAACACGCGCUGUGGGAACGCAUGCCGUCGCGCGCGAUGCAGAAACUGCACAAACUGUACCAAUUGAUGGAUCCGUCGCGCAAUUUCCACUUUUUCCGCCAAAUUCUGCGCAAAUCCCAAUCGCCUGUGAUUCCGUUCUUUCCGCUCGUGAAAAAGGAUUUGUCUUUUAUUUAUUUGGCGAACGAAACGCUUGUCGAGGAAUCGAAGCAAUCGCUCGUGAAUUGGGAGAAAAUGCGGUUAUUGGCGCUCAAAGUGAAGGAAGUGCAACAAAUGACUCACAAGUCGACGACAACUGUGACGACGCCGACGACGCGCAAGACGUCCACUCUGUCGUCGACGGCGGCGCAGACUUUGAAGAGCGCUCUGAAUGACAGCAAAGAAAACAGUUAUCGAAAAAUGUGGGAAAAACAGCGAAUGAGAAAACGCGUGCAACACUUUUUGGAUUCGAGUUUUUCGUCAAUCAUUUGCGACGAAAACCUUUUGUUCGAGAAGUCGUUGGAAUGCGAGCCUCAGCCGCAGUCGAGCGCCAGUCAGCGGUCGUCGCAGACGACACUGUCGUCGUCGCAAAGCAGUGCCAACAAUACGGCCCACAACUCGGCGGUCAUGCCGUCGCCCACUCUGUCGUCACACUCGUCGUCGCCGUCGUUGUCGUCGUCGACGACCAACUCGUCGGACGUGCAGUCGUCGUCAUCGCAACAGCGCAUGCGUUUCGGCGUCAGAGACGACACGGGACUGCGGAAACUGUUGGCGCUGUCGUCCGACAUCUCCGUCGUCCACAACAACCACAACACAGCGCUCCGAUCCCUGAGUCAUUGCAACGACAGCCAGACGUCGCUGUCGUCGUCUCUGUCGUCGUCGUCGCACUUCUUGUCGCCACAUCUCCUCAACUCGAACUACUUUCUGUCGGAAAUGUCUGCGAAUCGCGCGCCGAUCGCGCACUCCAUGUCUUCCCAUUACAUGAAGCAGUCGUUGCCUCAGGAGUCGUCGUCCGUGACGUCAUUGCGGCGUUUGGAACAAUUGCAACAAAUGUCGCGCUUCUCUCGCGACGCCUUCCUUCCGUCGUUCAACGACUCGACGACAGUGUCGUCACGACAACAACGACCGAUCGGACGACACGUCGUUCCGCCCACUUAUGACCAAACGAUCCAAAGAAUGAAAAAGAAAUUCAACCAAAACGAAGAGAAUGUCGUUUAAACGCCUUUUUUACAAACUUUUACA